AUGAUUUCAUGGAAUUGUCAAGGGAUAGGAAAACUAGAGACCAAAAACAGCUUGCUAGAUAUUUUGGAUAAAGAUAAUCCAAACAUUUUGUUUCUUUCGGAAACAAAACAGCAGCACAAAGAGAUGGAAAAUAUCAUGAAACAAGUAAAUGUUCAAAAUUAUUUCUUAGUUACUCCUAGAGGUAUUGCUGGAGACCUUUGUCUUAUUUGGAAAACUAAUGUUAAGUUACAAAUUGAGGAUUUUGCUUUCAACCAUAUAAAUGCUUCUGUCACAAAUCAUCAUAAUGACAAUAGUUGGACUCUUACCUGUUUUAAUGGGAGUCCAUAUAGAAGAUUUAAACUUCAUUCUUGGAACAUUAUAAGUCAAAUGGCAGAAACAAUAAAUAAACCAUGGAUAAUCAUAGGGGAUUUAAAAGUUGUCCUUCAUGAAGAAGGAAAAGAAAGUAGAUACCUUUUUAAGAGGAAUGAGGCCAGAACUUUCAACAACUUAAUAAAUGAUUGCAACCUUAUGGAUUUAGGUUUUAUGGGCUAUACCUACACGUGGAAUAAUCAUAGACAAGACACUCAGAAUAUUGAACAGAGAUUAGAUGGAGCUUUAGUAAAUGAUAAAUGUAAUAGAAAAUUUCCCAACUCUAGCAUUACUCAUUUAGGACCUCUUACCUCUGAUCAUUUGCCAAUAAAAUUGAAUACUUAUAAUCAAUGGGAUGAUGGACCAACUCUUUUUAAAUAUUUUUGGGAAUGGAUUAAACACGAGGAAUCUAAACCCUUAAUUCAGGAGAGCUGGAACAAAAAUAUAAAAGGCUCUGCAUCUCACAAAGUAAACAAGAACCUUGUUAUUGUUAAACAUACUCUGAACCUUUGGAAUAAAACUAGUUUUGGAAACAUCAAUAGUAAUAUUCAAAAUAUAAAAAAGGACAUGGAAAAGACCAAUAGUAUGGGAAAUUACCCGAAUAAGAUAACAGACCUAGCUAACUUAAGACAAGAUCUUGCUAAAUGGUAUGCCAUAAAACAAAAAUUCUGGAAAGAUAAGAGCAGAGACCAGAACAUUGCUUUGGGAGAUAGAAACACGAGAUUUUUUCAUAAUAAAGCUAAGCAAAGGUUUGGGAGCAAUAGAAUAGAAACUCUUAAAGAUGAAAACAAUGUUUGGUUAAAUACUAAAGAGAUAAUUUCAGAUUGUAUUACAAAACAUUUUCAUAAAAUUGCUUCCACUGUCAAUCCGGAAAUUGAUAAGAACGUGACAAAUCUUAUCCUUACUUCUGUUAAUCUUGAAGAUAAUGAAAUAUUGUGUGCUUCUCCUCUAGAAAAUGAAAUUAAGAAAACCCUGUUCUCGAUGGAACCGGAUAAAAAUCCGGGACCAGAUGGAUUUCCUCCCAACUUAUUUCAACAGAAUUGGGAAAUCAUCAAAAUUGAUGUAACUGCUACGGUUCAAAACUUUUUUAUUACUGGGCAUAUUUCUAAAGAGAUGAAUGCUUCUUUCAUCUCUUUAAUUCUCAAAAAUCUAAACCCUACUACUCCUGCGGAGUUCAGACCAAUAGCCUUAGCAAAUACUUGUUAUAAAAUUAUAUCUAAGUUGAUGGCAGGGAGAAUGAAAGGUCUUCUAGAAAAACUAAUUUCUCCAUACCAAUCUGCCUUCAUUUCGGGAAGGCAGAUAUCUGAAAAUAUCACCCUGGCCCAUGAGAUAAUAUAUAAAAUGAAGAAAUCUAAAUCCAAGAAAGGAUUUACGGGACUAAAAAUCGAUAUGUCGAAAGCUUUCGACAGAGUUGAAUGGGACUUCUUAAUGAAAAUAAUGAACAAAAAGGGUUUUAACAGUAAAUGGUGCAACUUAUGA